AUGUCUGAAGUUACCAUUACUGGAUUCAGGAGCCGCGAUGUUCGGUUCCCGACGUCCCUCGACAAGACAGGCUCAGACGCCAUGAACGCUGCCGGCGACUACUCAGCGGCGUACUGCAUCCUGGAGACAGAUUCCCCUCACAGCGGCCACGGCAUGACAUUCACCAUCGGACGCGGAAACGACAUUGUCUGCGCCGCCAUCACCCACGUUGCCGACCGCCUCAAAGGCAAGACUCUCUCCUCACUAGUAGCCGACUGGGGCAAGACAUGGCGAUAUCUAGUCAACGACAGCCAGCUGCGAUGGAUUGGUCCCGAAAAGGGCGUCAUCCAUCUCGCCCUGGGAGCCGUCGUCAACGCUGUCUGGGAUCUGUGGGCAAAGACGCUCAACAAGCCCGUGUGGCGCAUCGUGGCCGACAUGACGCCCGAGGAGUACGUCCGCUGCAUUGAUUUCCGCUACAUCACAGACGCCAUCACACCGGAGGAGGCUGUUGCGAUGCUGCGCGAGCAGGAGGCUGGCAAGGCCAAGCGCAUUGAGGAGGCCCUUCAGAACAGAGCUGUUCCCGCAUACACAACAAGUGCCGGUUGGCUGGGAUACGGCGAGGAGAAGAUGAAGCAGCUGCUGAGAGACACACUGGCCGACGGAUACAGACACUUCAAGGUCAAGGUCGGCGGCAGCGUUGAAGAGGACAGGAGGCGUCUGGGUAUUGCUCGCGAAAUCAUUGGCUUCGACAAGGGCAACGUCCUCAUGGUCGACGCCAACCAGGUCUGGUCCGUUCCGGAGGCAAUCGAUUACAUGAAGCAGCUCAGCGAGUAUAAGCCCUGGUUUAUUGAAGAGCCAACCUCGCCCGACGAUGUCAUGGGCCACAAGGCUGUUCGCGAGGCCCUCAAGCCCUACGGUAUCGGUGUUGCUACUGGCGAGAUGUGCCAGAACCGUGUCAUGUUCAAGCAGCUCCUCAUGACGGGCGCCAUCGACGUCUGCCAGAUCGACGCCUGCCGUCUGGGCGGUGUCAACGAAGUCCUGGCUGUUCUGCUCAUGGCCAAGAAGUUUGGCGUGCCCAUUGUCCCGCAUUCCGGUGGCGUGGGUCUCCCCGAGUACACUCAGCACUUGAGCACCAUCGACUACGUGGUUGUCACCGGCAAGCUUUCCGUCUUGGAGUUUGUGGACCACCUUCACGAGCAUUUUUUGCAUCCCUCGGUCAUCAAGGACGGAUACUACCAGACCCCGACGGAGCCCGGAUACAGUGUCGAAAUGAAGCCCGAGAGCAUGGACAAGUAUGCUUAUCCUGGUGAGAAGGGUGUAAGUUGGUGGACGAGCGAUGAGGCUCUGCCCAUCUUGACUGGAGAAAAGAUUUGA